CAAAAGCAACCAGAUCCUGUUACCUUCGAGGGGAGAGAAGAAGAUUAUAAAGAAAUAUACGGCUCCAAUCUAAAUCAAUUACCAUCCUGUUUCCAUGAAUGAUAUGGUGAAGGUGGAGGCGUGCGAGUCGUGUCGCUCGGCGCCGUGCGCGGUGUACUGCCGGGCCGAUGCGGCCGCGCUGUGCGCUGCCUGCGAUGCGGACAUCCACUCCGCCAACCUCCUCGCCCGCCGCCACCACCGCAUCCCCAUCAUCGCUGGCCCGGCCGGCGGCUUCGUCGUCCGCCCGAGCCUUAACCAGUAUAACCAUGUCGGCGGCAAGGCCGAGACCGAGCUCCAUGGGGAGGAGGAGGAGAACGACGACGACGGUGAUGGCCUCCUCUUCGGAGAAGAGGUCGACGGGUUUUUGGAUCUCGACGAGUACAAUUCGGGUGCGGAGAACCAGAGCACGAGUCGGAAGCAGCAGCAAUCGUAUCCCAGCAACGGGAGGAGUGAGGACAGCGAGCAUUUGGUGCCAAAUGGCCAGCAGCAGCAGCAACAGAGCUUUCAGUAUGAAGCCUCUGAGGCUGGAUUCGAUAAUUUCGGUUACGGUGCUUCGCUUAGUCACAGCCUUUCCCUGUCAUCGAUGGAAGCAAGCAUUGUACCAGACAUCACUCUGGCAGAUAUCUCGAACUCUCACCUUCGACCUUCCAAAGGGACUAUAGACUUCUUCUCAGGCCUUCCUCUUCAAAUGCCUCCCCAAUGCACUCCUAUGGAUAGAGAAGCCAAGGUUCUUAGAUACAGGGAGAAGAAGAAGGCAAGAAAAUUCGAGAAGACAAUUAGAUAUGCAUCAAGGAAGGCAUAUGCUGAAACCCGCCCUCGAAUUAAAGGCCGUUUCGCUAAGAGAUCAGAUGUAGAGCUUGCAGUGGAUCAGUUGUUUUCUACCACCGUGACGACAGACUCGAGCUACGGCAUUAUCCCUUCAUUCUAGUUCUUAUGCAAGAGAUCGCCGUAGAAGAGCAAUUAGUAGUUAAAUAUAUGAAAAUUUAGUGAAACUUUACUGUGACCUCUUGGUUAAUGUUUCUUAAAGACGUGGGAACUGCAAAGAAUUACUAAUAGCUUUAUGGCCAUUACUUUUCUGAAGUAUAUAACUGUAUUUUGGUUCAUGCUACUGUUUCCCCUGUCACGCCUCUUCUUCCUCCCCAUCUUUCUUCUCUCUUUUCCUCCUCCCCUGAAAGAUUUCCUCACAUCUGUCUUGUAAUAUUCAUCAUCUUAAUGAAAUGUUGGGUGAUUUGUCCACCAUUUAUGU